GAUUUUAACUCCCAUCGUGGAAAGCACUGCUGGAGUUUCUGAAGCCUCAUGGGUAGAGAGUCUGGUCUUUGGCGACUUGAAGGAGGCGGAGGUGUUGCAACGGCACAUGAUGGCGCAGAUGCUGAUGGAACGAAGCAUUUUGGAGGAGGAAACGGAUCGUGUCAUGCAGGGUGCUAAACAACUGUUUUGCAAAUAUGCCAAAUGCGAAAACGUCUGGAUGGAGGUUUGCACCAAGGUGGCUGCAGCAGCCUUGGUCUCGGUGGUGGCUGUGGACAACCUGUGGCUCUGCGUGGCCAUCACCUUGGGCAUGGCGCUGGUCAUUGGCCUUGCGCAGCCCUUUGCUCAGUCGCAGAUGAACGUCCUGCAGAGCUCCUGCUUCGCGUGCCUGGCCCUGGCAGCUGUCGGCUUCCGGCACCACAUGGCCCUGGCGCGGCUGGCGCUGGCGGUGCCCUUCGUGCUGCUGGUGCUGCAGCUGCGGCGGCCGGAUUCACAAGAGAUGCUAGCAUUGAGGCUGCAGCAGGAGUUGGAGGCCAAGAUCCACGAGGGACCCGUAGAAGUCAGCGCUGAGCAGUUUACGUAAGGAUCCAACGGACCUCGCAGGCAGAUCUUCACGGAUGAAACUGGAACCUUUGGUCUUGGAAUGGC